AUGCACGAGUUUAAGACGACGGAUGAUUACUGCAUUGAUGCUGAAAGCUGUGAGUGCGAUCUUAAUCAGGCUCGUUUGCGACCAGAUGAUAUCGUAGAAUGCAAAUCAAAUACUUUCAAGCAUAAAUUACUUUCGAACCUGGGAUCGCCCGACAAUCUUGUCUUUGUAACGGAAUACAUCGAGCAUCUGAAAGACAAGUUGACGAGAAAUGAAUGUAUAUAUUGUGAAAAAACCUUCGGAGAUCGCAAUGUUCUCAUGGAUCACAUGCGUAAAAGAAAUCAUAGAGAGGUGAAUCCUAAGAACCACUACUAUGACAAGUUCUAUAUCAUCAACUACCUCGAACUUGGGAAACGCUGGCUUGACGUUUUGGCAGAAGACUUUGAGGACACAAUGCCGACGUUUCGAGGACAACUCAUGGUGCGAGUGGCAGGAGGAUAAUAUGGACGUAGAUGAAACUCGUGUGGUUUGUCUUUUAUGUAAUGAAAGCGAUGAGACUUGCGAAGGCCUUUCGUCGCACAUGAAGGUAACCUUUCUGCGUCAAUCAUGGCUGAUCAGGAUGAGGCACAUCUCAAGUCUAAGCCUAGCAAGCCAU